GGGUCUUGCGAAUGGAGGGGGGCGCCUGGAAACCUGUGGGAUCUGCACGGAGUGCAGAGAGCGAGCCUCUGGACCUCCAACUGCAAAGAGUCAGGUCGAAAAACUGUGGAAAUCGAGGCCUGGAAGAAAACGGGAAUAAAAGUGUGGUUUUCACCGGAUUGGAGAAGAGCGUGGACUCCACGAUAAGUAUUGGGACAGUUGCUGACGAUUCUCGUCGCUUUUCAGUUUUCAUUUUUGAAGUCGCCCUUCUUGGAUCAACGUUUUUCUUUCCCUCCCCCCUCCUCUUCCUCCUCAACUAUGGCGGCGGCCAGGUCCAACACUGGCUCCGUUUUGCUGCGGAUCAUGUGGCUGGUGUGCGGGCUGUACUUCUCACCCACCUCGGCUCAACAUGACGACAGUGAGAGUGUGAUAUCCGCAUCAAGACAUGGGUUUUGCCAACCCAUCUCUAUCCCGCUGUGCACUGACAUCGUUUACAACCACACCAUUAUGCCGAACCUCCUGGGCCACACGACUCAGGAGGACGCCCUACUUGCGGUGCACCAGUUCUACCCGCUGGUGAAGGUCCAGUGCUCCGCGGAUCUCAAGUUCUUCCUCUGCUCCAUGUACGCGCCGGUGUGCACUGUGCUGGAGCAUGCCAUCCCCCCGUGUCGGUCCCUGUGCAAAAGUGCCCGGCAGGGAUGUGUAGCCUUGAUGAAGAAACUAAACAUCCAGUGGCCUAAGCUGCUCCGCUGCUCCACUUUCCCCGUCGAUGGACUCUGCGUCCACCAACCCGCCACCCCGGCCUCCUCGUCGCCUCCCUAUGCACCCAAUCCAGUGGCCCCAACUCCCAACCCCCAGACCAAACCCAAGUUGAGAGAGCUCAACUUCGAAGAUGCACAUUAAAAUAGUGUCGAUGGGGAAAAUGCUUAAAACUAAACAGACUUAAACACAGAAGACAUCGCAUGCUGCAGUGUGUGGUUACUUUGUUAUUUCAUUUCACCUUAUUAAGUAUUUGAAUUGCUGAAAAGUAUGAAAUGUGGAAAGUUAUUCAGAGGCCUGAAAAUAAGGGACUGUGUUUAUGCACCCUAUAUGUGAAUCCCAGUAACGAAUGUAUUGUGGCUAUAAAUAAAGAAAAUCCUCCUGCUGUUGGGGUUUACAUCCUUAUUUUAAUUUCCAUAAUGCAAUAAAAGAAAGUUCAUAAGUU